AUGGGUUACGAAUGUCCCGAGCGUCAAGCGACUGCUGAUUUUUUGACAUCGUUGACCAACCCAUCGGAAAGAAUUGCCAGAUCAGGGUUCGAGGAUAAAGUACCCAAGACCCCUCUUGAAUUUGAAACUUACUGGAAAAAUUCGCCAGAGUAUAAACGAGUCGUUGAAGAGAUUGAUGUGCACAUGGAACAGGUUGAAAAAAAUCCAAAGAAAGACCACCACGAUUCUCACGUCGCAAGACAGGCAAACCACGUUUCCUCAAAGUCACCAUACACGGUUUCCUUCUUCAUGCAAGUCAAAUACAUUAUGCGAAGAAACUAUCUCAGAUUCAAGGGUGAUCCUUCAAUUCCUAUAUCGUCAGUCGCCGGUCAAUUGAUCAUGGCAUUGAUCAUGGGAUCGGUUUUUUACAAUUUGGAUCUGACUACGGGAUCGUUUUUUUCCAGAACCACUGGUUUGUUCUUUGCUGUUUUAUUCAACGCAUUUGUCGUCUAUGUUGGAAAUUCAUAG